UCGACUCCAUAUUGAGGCUGAAGGAGGCUCACAAAAUCCAGUCACAAAAUGGAGGUUAAAAGGAGCAACUGAGUCAGAACACACUCCCAAAAUGGCGUGUAAAGAGGAGAGAGAGGAUGAAGAUUACAAGAGAAGGGGAAGAAGAUCCUCACAGGGUCAUGAUCCUAAAGAACCAGAACAAUUGAGAAAGCUGUUUAUUGGUGGCUUGAGCUUUGAAACAACAGAUGAUAGCCUAAGAGACCACUUCGAAAAAUGGGGCACACUCACAGAUUGUGUGGUGAUGAGAGACCCACAGACAAAGCGCUCUCGAGGCUUUGGUUUUGUGACCUAUUCUUGUGUGGAAGAAGUAGAUGCUGCAAUGGCAGCUCGACCACAUAAAGUUGAUGGCCGUGUGGUAGAGCCAAAGAGAGCCGUUUCUAGAGAAGAUUCUGUGAAACCUGGUGCUCAUUUAACAGUAAAGAAAAUAUUUGUUGGUGGAAUUAAAGAAGACACAGAAGAAUAUAAUUUAAGAGAUUAUUUUGGAAAAUAUGGCAAAAUUGAAACCAUUGAAGUAAUGGAAGACAGGCAGAGUGGAAAGAAAAGAGGUUUUGCCUUUGUGACAUUUGAUGAUCAUGAUACAGUAGACAAAAUUGUUGUUCAGAAAUAUCACACUAUAAAUGGACAUAACUGUGAAGUGAAGAAAGCUCUCUCCAAGCAAGAAAUGCAGACUGCAACUGCACAAAGAAGUCGUGGGAGUAGUUCAAGCAACUUCAUGGGUCGUGGCAACUUUGGAGGCAGUGGUGGAAGUUACAACAGAGGUGGAAGUUUUGGUAGUAGAGGAAGCUACGGUAGUGGAGGUGGCAGCAGCAGUAGAGGAAGCUUUGGCAGUGGCGAUGGAUAUAAUGGUUUUGGUGAUGGUGGAAACUAUGGUGGUAGCCCUGGAUAUGGUAGUCGAGGUGGUUAUGGUGGUAGCCCAAGCUAUGGAAAUCCAGGUGGUGGAUAUGGCGGAGGAGGUGGAGGCUAUGAUGGUUAUAAUGAAGGAGGAAGCUUUGGAGGCAACUAUGGUGGCAGUGGAAGCUACAAUGAUUUUGGCAACUACAGUGGACAGCAGGCUUCAAGUUAUGGACCCAUGAAAGGAAGUGGCAGUUUCAGUGGCAGAAGUUCAGGCAGUCCCUAUGGUGGUAGCUAUGGAUCAGGUGGAGGAAGUGGUGGCUAUGGUGGAAGAAGAUUCUAAAAACUAGUGGGAUAAUGGCUACAGUUCUUAGCAGGAGAAAGCGAGGAGUUGUCAGGAAAGCUGCAGGUUACUUUGAGACAGUCGUCCCAAAUGAAUUAGAGGAACUGUAAAAUCUGCCACAGAAGGAGCGAUGAACCAUAGUCAGAAAAGUUACUGCAGCUUAAACAGGAAACCCUUCUUAAGGACUGUUAAUAGCCACAGUUUGCAAAGAGUGCAGCUAUUGAUUUAAUGCAAUGUAGUGUUUAGAUGUACAUUCCUGACUUUUUUUUAAUUUGUUGUUGUAGCUUUGUCUUUUCUUCAUAAAAAUCAGGUAUAUUGCCCUGUAAAUUUGUGGUAGUGGUACCAGGAAUUAAAAAUAAUUAAGGAACAUUUAAUUUUUUUUUUCAAUACUUGUGUAGUUCAGUUUUUUCUUACCGAAACUUCUUUAAACAAAGAAAUGUAGUUUUAGGGUAUAUUCUUGCUAGGAAAAAAAAAUCAGUGCAUUAUAAUCUGUAUUAAUUUAAAACAAUAGAUAUGCUGAACCGUUUUAAGUACGUCUAAUUUUUUUUUGCAUAUGUAACCAAAUGACAUGAGUUGCACAUGCAUAAGGAGAGGAAAGAUGUUUGCAUUAAAGCUUGUUUAGCUGUAUAAUUAGGACUGAGUCAUUUAAACCAAUGCUUGUGAAUGAUAAAAGCUUUACUUUCAAAUGAGAAUUCCAGAUAUUUCUGGGUUGUGCAUAUCAUAAUUUGUAGCAUUUGUUUUUAGUUUAAACCUAAGUAAAUAAGCAUUGAUGAGAUCUUUUAAAGUUUAUUCAGUUUGCCUCCCACUUCGCUGAUAUAUAAAGAAGCUACAAGAAACAUUGGCAGGACAGGUUUCUACCUUUUAAAAUUGUUGAGAUUCAGUUUCCCUCAAAUUGCAAACAGAUUAAAUGCACACAUAUAAUUAAAUUAAAACUUUGAAUCUAAUAGCGUGGGUCUGUUACUUAGCUUACAGUUCUACAGUUUCAUAUGCGUAUAUAUCUGCCCUAAAAAUAUAGGUUCAUCUAUAAAGGUGCCUAAGUUCUACUUUGUAUAAUUUGGUAUGCCCCUUUCUGUCUGAUGUUAAUUUGCAGCACAGAAAUAACCCCUCUGAGUUAGUCGGAAUAAGUGUAACUCUUCUGAGCAUGAAUGCAUCAAGAUGUUUCACACACUUUCUAAUGCCCUGAUAAUGGGUCAUGAAGGUAAAGUGAAAGAAAUAGGAGCAAAUUUGGUAGAACCUGUUGUUGCUAAUGAGGGCCCUAUGGCUAUAGUUAAAUAAAGACUGUUCAUUGGAAUGAUUUGAUAAAAAUUAUUAAAGUCACAAUCAUGACUGAGUUGUUUACUCCUUCACUUACCUAGGUUUAUUUACAGCCAUGUUCCCUAAUAAUUUGCUAUCCUUAAUCUGAUCAGACUUUUUUUUGAACUAUUGCCAGAGCAGUGCUUUCUGUCAGUACACAUCCAGAAGAGUAGGGCACAGUGAGUAGAAGAAAUUCAGACAUUUUUCACCUUUUUAUUUCUGUAGGUCAAUGAGUUUAAGAUAAACUUAAUUCCAGUGUAGGAAUUGAUGGAACAAAUUGCUCAAGAAUCAGACAUGAAGUCAUCAUUGGGUAUAGAAUGCUAUGGUUAAUACUUUAAAACUUUAUAUAAGGAAACGUGGUGGCACGGUGGUUAGAAUGCAAUAUUGCAAGCUAACUGCCGACUGCCAGCAGUUCGAUCCUGAGUGGCUCAAAGUUGACUUAGCCUUCCAUCCUUCCAAGGUUGGUAAUAUGAGAACCCAGAUUGUUGGGGGUAAUAUGCUGACAUUUGUAAACUGUUCAAAGAGCGUUGUAAAGCAGUGGUCACCAACCUUUCUAGCUUGGCAGCCUGGCCCAGGAAGGGAGCGUCUGAAUAGCAGGUGCACGCAUGCACAACUCCAUUUGUGCAAGCAGCAUGCGCACACACCCGCCACUCGGCGAAUGGAGCUUCGUGCACAAGCUGUGGGUGCUUGCACACAAAGCUUCACUCGUGAGUAGCAGGCACUUUUGCUCAUUCACAAAACUAUACUCGCACAAGCAGGGUGCUUGUGCGCAAAACUUGCACAAGCAGAGGGCACUUGCACGUGAAACUCCAUUUCUGCGGAUGAGCACAAACAUCCACUUGUGUGAGUGGAGCGUCACGCAAGAGCACCAAUGCCCUCUGCUUGCACGAGUGGAGCUUUGCACGCAAGUGCAUCCUUGCUCAACAUGCAUGAGUGGAGCUUUAUGUGCAUGCACUUGCCCAUCUCCCAUGGCCCAGUUUCGAACAGACUGCAGCCCACUAUUGGGGGUUGGAGACCUCUGCUAUAAAGCACUAUGGGGUGGUAUAUAUGUGAACCCAACGCAAGAGUAUCAAUCUCCCAAAGAUCUACAGUGUCAUAUGACUAAAUGUGGGAAUGAGGUGUUCGUUUCUUGAUAUGUAUCUUUUAUCUCCAAGAAAGUGUGUGCAUACCAAUAGUCAAAGCUUGUUGAAAGGGAUUCAGCUGUUACUGUAGUGAUAUGUGCAUGUACAUUUCUUAUUUUUUAAAUUUAUAUGCCACCCAUUUCCCAAGCAGGGUGACUGGGGGGUGGCCUUACAUUAGUACACACGUGCAUUUCCCGUAAAGGUAGAUCAGAUAUAACUCAUCCCUUCUAAGUCUGUCACUGAAUUCAGCAGCAUAACUGGAGUAAUUGGUUAAGACAUUCAAUCUGUUUUUAAUGGAGGUGGAAUGACUCUUGAUGUUAGGGAAAACAAUACCAGUGUGUUAAUCGUUUGUAAAAAUGUGAAACCUGUAAGGUAAUCAGUGACUUAGACCUAGAUCUCUCUGAAUUCUGACAAGUAAAAGGAGUGGACAGUGAAUAACCGGCAUUAAAGAUGUCUUAGUCGAAAUGAGGAUCAAACGAGAUUGAGACAGGACUGCAGCGCCCAAGGCAGCAAAUUAAAGAAGGACAAGGCAGCAACAGCUUCAACUUCCAGACAAGAGAAGGCAUAAAUUUACUAUGCUGAUAGUGAGCAGCUUCCCCAAAAUAGUUAAAUCUGCCUGUCAGUGAUGAAAUAACGAAGAAAGUCUAGGAAGAGUUCUUCACCAAUUGGAAGCUCCCAGGUCAUAGCUAUUUGAGUUGGCCUACAGUCAUAGGUCUAGCAUUUAGACCUGAAAGGGGAGUAAGACUAGGUAAGGUUUGUCUCUAACACUUUUCAUGAAUUAAAAAAGGAUUCCUCUCUGAACAUGGUAAGAAAGAUCUGUUUGACUUGCAGAUUGUUGAAGAAACCUCUGUGACCAGAGGUGGAUAUCUUAUUGGAAAACUUUUGCUUGGUAAGAAUGUCCAACACGAAUGUUUCUUUUAUUGUAUUCUGAGCUCUGAAAAUUUGAGUUUUGAAAAGAACAACAAACUAGGUAAAUGUGAAAUAUAUGGAAUAUUUAUUAUUGUAUUCAAAUCAGUGUGGGUGGGCAUAUUAAAUCAUCUAAUUGGCAUUUAGGUCUAAAAGUCUACCAUUCAGAGUACUUCAGACAGCUGUUAUAGAAGUGGGUGGAUUAAUAAUUGGACCUUGCUGGGGAUGAGGCUUAAUUUAAGAUUUUGGAGUUUUGGAGACCAUAUCUAUGUGACCGAGGGGUGGGGGAUCAAAUAUCCACCAAUUAAUGAGAAGUAACCUUUUUUUUAAAAAAUCCUUUGUCUUCAGCUAAAUUCGUGACUGGUGAAUGGGUCAAAAAAUUAUAGUGGUCUCCAGUGGGGUUUAUCAUUUUUUAUACAGUAGGCAUAGGCAAUUUGCACGCAACAUCAUAUAUCAGCAUGAAUGUGGGGGGAGGGGAAGUGAGCUUGAAACAAAACAUUUUCAAUACAUUGAGAUUUUUUUUUUCUCCUGAUGAAACAACCUUUGUUUUAGCAUAGGAAAAAUGGGUACUCCUUGAAACAAGCUUUAUUACCCUGCUUACCUAGAACAAAAAGUUGUUAACUGUAGCAGAAUAUGGAAAGCAAUGGAACAAAUUAUUUUGUUUUACUUUUGGGAACACUAAGAACAGUGGUUGGUUGCUUUUUGCAUGCUUCUGGCAUAUAGCUUCCUAACACUGUUACCAAAAUUUGUCAGGAAUCACUUGUAUUGUGGAGGGAUAAUUUCCCAGUGAUUUUGGUAAGAAAGGUGUAUGAUGCAUCACAGAUUGUUGAACAUAUCUAAUUACGUACAUCAGGCAAAUAAAAAAAAAGCACAUAACCUUUCAUACAACCUGAAAAUCCUGAUUUUAUUACUUGUGUGGUUUUUCAGUUAGAAAAGUAGCCAAUAUUAAAGUUAGUGUUGCUGGAUUCCUAUUGGUAAUGUUUCUAAUUGCCAAAUUGCAGGCAAGAAAAUCAGUAACAUUCUCACCUGGAAUACUUGAUGUGCCCUCUAAAUUAAUUUUCAGGUAACAAAUCUUUAAAAUGAGUUUCUGGGGGUUUUAAAGGAUAUUUUAAAAACUCAUUCUGUAAACCUUAAUUGUAUAAUCUAAUACUGAAAUUCAUUUGCCUUAUUCUGUUGUUAUUCUGCCUGUAAGAGUAGGAUUGUGAUUCUGGAUUGUCUGCAUUUUUUGGCUGGUCAGCAUCUCAGUUUAACUCACAAGUUAUGAAUUUCUAAGCAUCUUAUAAUUUCUGUACCUAUCUACAGUAGCAUCAAAUGUACAAAUUGUUAUGUUAUAGUAAAUAGGAACUGUGGCUAAUUGCAACUGAAUAUUAGAGAAUAUUUAUGGAUUGUGUCUUGCUAUUCUAGGACUAUGAGUGGCAAAGAGCACCUAUGCUCCCUUUUUGUCUUAUGAAAACAGGGUUGAGGCUAAAAUGUGUACAGUAAUCUCAGCAAUCCCCAGCAAGAUGGAAAUGGGGUGAGUGCAUGUUUCUCUGUGCCUCACAUUUUACUAAAAGAGUAUCUGAAUCUUGUAUGCGCUCAGCUAAGUAUUUUCCCAAACAAGACGGAGAUCAACCAACUGUUUGGUGAUGGGCUUUAGAUACAUUAUGGUACUAGAACAGUGCCAGCAUAUAGGGAUCUUGUGGUCCUCAAUCAACUAUUAGCAAAGUUAAGAUAUUCAGUAGGUUACCAUUCUUAAUGUGCUAAAUCGUUUGCUUUUAUCUUCUGCUCUGCAGGAUGACUAAUCCUGAAGAAACAAUCGUCUGUUUCCAUAAAUUGAAAUUUUUGAUUCUUCAAUGGAACAUGCAUACAACUGAUAGCUAUGAGAGCAAAAAUUGAAGCAUGUAAUAAUCAAAUGCUUAUAAUAAAACACAGUUAAUCAUGAUAGUGAAUCUCAA